AUGAAGAACAUUUACCUUAAGAGAGAAAGAGUCCUAGACCUUGGAAAAGUUGCAUCUGGGGACAAACCUGUUGUAGCAAAGAAAGGCUUUGCUCUGGUGAACCAUCAACAUCUGAUCUACCUUUGUUGCGGUAAACUACUGCUUCGCUAUGGCAAAGCCCCUUCACUGAACAGUACUAGAUGGAGUCUUUUUAGGAUGAACGCUCUCGUCACCGGCGACACUCGUGGAAUUGGGCAUGCUGUUGUGGAGGAACUAGCCGAGUUGGGUGCGACAGUCUACAUAUGUUCACGUAAUGAAGCAAUGCUUAAGGAAUGCUUGCAAGAGUGGUCCCUCAAAGUCUUUAAAGUGAAGGGUUGCGUCUGUGAUGUAUCCUCAAGGCCUCAAAGAGUGAAGCUCAUGGAAAGUGUUUUCUCAGCUUUCCACGGAAAUCUCAAUAUUCUUACUAACAAUGCGGGGACAAACAUUAGGAAGCCCACCACUGACUACACUAGUGAAGAAUAUGCCCAUUUAUUUGGUACAAACUUUGAAUCUGUAUACCAUGUUUGUCAACUGGCACAUCCUCUUCUGAAAGCAUCUGGAGUUGGAUCUAUUGUCUUCAUCUCUUCUGUUGCUGGUUUGGUUCACUUGUCUACUAGUUCUAUUUAUGCAGCAACAAAAGAGGCGAUGAAUCAACUUACCCGGGAUUUGGCUUGUGAGUGGGCUAAAGACAAAAUUCGUGUUAAUGGUGUUGCCCCGUGGUAUAUAAGGACAUCUUCUGUGGAAUAUGUGAUAAAAAAUAAAACAUUAUUGGAUGGAAUAAUUACUAGAACUCCCCUUAUGCGGCCCGGAGAAGCUCAAGAAGUGUCAUCCCUGGUUGCUUACCUCUGUCUUCCAGGGGCAUCUUACAUCACUGGGCAAGUUAUAGCGGUUGAUGGAGGAUUCACUGUCCAUGGGUUCGAUUUCACAAGCUAUUGA